CGCCCCGGGCGCAGGGCCGGCAAGCUCGCGGCGGUAGGGGGCGGCCGUGGGCCGGCGGAGGAGCGCGCGCUAGGGCUUCCCGCCAGGCCUCUGCCGGCGCCCGCACCGCGGGAACUCGCAGUCCAGGGCCAGGCAGCAGGGGCCGCGCCGCUCUUCUCCCGGUCCUCUAGGUCCAAACGCCCCCAGCUAGGGGAGCCCCGGGGAACUUAGAGCCCCCGCGUGCCCUGCGCCCCGCGCACGUCCUGUCCACCACCCCAGCGGGUCCAGGCUGCGACUGGGACCCAGGCGGUCCGGGACCGCGAGCCGGAUACGCGCUGCAGUUCUUUGGCCUCGCCAUGUGCGUCCUAAACAUUUACCCGACGCCCCCUGUGCCAACUGCUGGGGAGCCAGAGCGGCCUCAGCCCUGCCCUGGAGUGGCUGCAGGUCCCGGGAACAGACCGCUGCACCCCAGCGCCGUCCUUACUGCAUUCUGGAUGUCGGAACGCUGCAGGGUCUGGAGAGGGUCCGUGUCUUGCCCAAGGUCACACAGCUUCCGUUGCUUGAAAGCCACUAAGCUGGAGUCUGGCUGGUGCCGGGGGCUGGGAAGUGAGGGGAAGAGAAAGAGUAAGAUGGAGGGGCAGCGGGGGUAGACUUGUCUUCCUGGCUCUUCCAGGGACCGCUCUCCUGCAGCCCUCGGUUUUCAUCUCUGAACAAUGUCGUGACGGUUCCUGCUCCGUUUGCAGAAUCUAGGGGUUCCAGUAUGAGAGGUGUAGGGUGGGGAGGAGGAGUCAGAAAGGGGAACGCCCCCACACCACACCCACAAAGCGCACACCUCCAAAUUCGGACCCAGACUGGAAAAGUCGGCAGGUACCGCCCAUCGGCACACACACUGAGAGCCACUGUUGACCCACAGAGGAAGAUACUGUGACCCUGGACAGACAGCCUCACAGACCUUACUGACCUCCCCGAGGUCACAGGCUAGCCAGAGAUGGGGCGGGCCAGCUUCAGGGACUCUGUCUCACCCCUCAGUGUAGCCCUUUGCCCCCAGUGGCCUAUGGGAGAUAAACACCUGCUCUGGGCACAGCCCAGGUGCUCAGGAAACGUCCUCUGCACUAGUUAUUAUCGUUCACCCGAUUUUAUAGACGAGGGACUGAGAAGGAGAGGAGCCAUAUAACUUAUCCAAGAUCUCAAAACUGGAGCCCCAAUGCUGCAGGCCUGAGCCCCUGGAGGGGAGCACCUCUGCAGAUGCCCUGCCCUCGCCGACAUCUGCACAAACAGCUACUUAAGGGAGCCAGAGCUCGGGGCUCAGGGGUUGAGGCCGGCCCUGAGUGGAGAGAACUUAGCAGAGCCUUGUUUGCUCCCUCCCUGGUGUGUGAGGCUCUGGGCUCUGGUCUGAUGCUCUGGUAUCUGGGAGGUGUGAGCCCUGAGCUGGCUCUGCCAGACUGUGCUGUGUCCCUGGCUGGUACCCUAGUCUCUGUGUCCUGCCAGCUCCGUCCUGGGAAGGUUCUUGGGCCCUGCUUCUUCGUGGGGAGGUUUGAGGGCCUCAGAAGAAAGAAGUGAGGUACUUUCUGACUCUGAGGGGGAGAGGCAGCCGGUUAUCCCGCUCUGGGGUUGGGGUGGGAACCCUGGCUGGGCAGGGCCCCAGCAGGAAACAGGGCCACGCUCUCCUCUUCCUGCCUCAGGCUGCCCAAGCCCCUCCCCUCUGCAGAGGAGGCCUGGGGAAGGAAGCCAGAAUGUAGCAUCAAGUGCUUUGUGCUGGAAGGAUCAAAAAUGGAACCCCUGUCUGGCUCCUAUCCACUCUGAUCUGGAGCCAUCCCCUAGUCCCUGAGCCUCUGUGGUUUCUCCCUGGGGACAUGUGCUUUUGGUUCUUCAGCAGCCAUGGGGACCCCUGUGGGCAUUCGUACUAAACAAACAACACUUAAUGUGAGAUUAGAAUGAGAUCCCAGGUUUGUCCCUUGAUGGCUGCAUGACACCAGGUGAGACAGAGUCUCUCUGCAUGACAGAGUCCUGUCACCUCUCACCUCAUCUGUAAUAUGGGGGCAAUGCUGGUAGCCAGCUCUUAGAUCAUGGUGAGGAGAGCAUCAGGAUAGGACUUGUGCAGAGCUUGUGGAAGACCCUAAGACCCCCAUUUCCCCAUAGAACUCACAGCAGAUGCCAGAGCAGAGGUGGGCUACCCCCACCUGUGGUUUCUGGGGCCCUCAGGGCCACACUUCUGGGCUCUGUGGUGAGGGGUGGCCCCUCCAUGGCUCUGAACUGCUUUCCUCUUGAUGAAAUGAAAGUAAACAACAUCUGCCUUCGAAGGCUUGGGGUGUAGGGAGAACACGGUGAGCAAAGUAGGUGUGCAGGCCACGUCCCCUCAGCAGGAUGAUUUCACAUCCACCCACAUAGGUUUUUUUAGGUUAUGGGGGAUGUGUUACUGACCUCUGGCGCUGGGGGGAAACUCAAGAGACUGGGGAUUUUCUGAGAGUUUCCUGGGGCCAGGACAGGGCAGGGGUUUCCUGGUCCUGCAGGACAAGGGGCAAACCCAGAGCCCCGUCCCUGGGCAUCCACCACCCAGUUUGAGCCAGGCCCUGGACUUGGUGUUGUGGGCCCUGUUGGGAGCAGGGGGAGCAGUCACAUGGAGAUGGCCUUCUGCUCUCAUGAUGCAACGUGAUGAUAAUCCUACUGGACUGAGGAAGCCAGAGCAAGCUGGCAGGGCAGGGAAGGCUCCAAGGGGGUAGUCUUUGAGCUAGCCCCAAAGUGUAAGCAGGAUUUUGCCCAGGUGAGUAGGGGAUAUUGAGGACAUAUUAAACAGAAAGAAUGCCACAGUCAGAGGCUUGGUGGCUUAAAAGUAUGGGAUUAGAUUGUGGCUGGAGGGUCACUUUCCUAAGGUGGGGAUGGUAAAGGUGGUCUCACUGUGGGGCAAGUGACUUCACCUCUUUGAGCCUCAAAUCCUCAUCUGUAAAAUGAGGCUGGGGUGCCUGUAUGUGCCAGUGAAGGCUGGACACCUGUGCAUUUAAAAACGCCAAACCCCUUCAGCCAGGAGGGGAAUAAGUGAGAUACACAGCAAUUGUGACAGGACUGUGUGCAAAUUAUAUGGCAUGAGGUGAAGGCUGGGGUACAUCUAGCUCUGCGUUCAAAAAUGGAGGUUUCAGUACAGAUGGAGACGUCACAGCUUCCUCUAAGAGGUGAGAUAGGAACAGAGCCUCAAAUGGCAGAAAAGCAGAACACAUUGGCAGAAAGGAAAACAGAGGGCAUUCCAGGCAGGCAGUCUAGCCUGAGCAAAGGGAGGAAGGUGGCAGGGAGAGAAGGCCAGAGGAAGCACCAGCAUGGUGUGAGAGGAGGGACUGGGGAGAGGCAAGCCUGAAAAGUUUGGGCAGGAAAAGCUUGUUAAGUGCAGCCCCAACAUCAGGUUUCCAUGCAGUUGGCAGUAGGGAGCCACUAUAGGCCCUAUCCUUAAGGGCAGGCAGGCAGUCUAACAAAUAUGCAGGUACCUUUGAAUGUGGGGAGGUUUUUUUGAGAUAGAGUCUCGCUCUAUUGCCCAGGCUGGAGUGCAAUGGCAUGUUCUCGGCUCACUGCAACCUCCACCUCCUGAGUUCAAGCAAUUCUCCCACCGCAGCCUCCUAAGUAGCUGGGAUUACAGGCAUGCACCUGGCUAAUUUUUGUAUUUUUAGUAGGGAUGGCGUUUCACCAUGUUGGUCAGGCUGGUCUGGAACUCCUGACCUCGUGAUCCAUCCACCUUGGCCUCCCAAAGUGCUGGGAUUACAGGCUUGAGCCACCUCACCCAGCCUUGGGAAGGGUUUUCAAAUUGCUUUUAUGUGGUGGGGAAAACAGAAGGUUGAAGGAGACACUGGACGUGAAAGAACAGUUGAUGAUGAGGAACUAGUUAAAGACAUAACCUGGCAUAUCCACACUUAUUCUCACGCACACUUAAGUUUUAACUGUGAUAGAGUUUGGCAUUCCGGGUAACAUCAGUAGCACUGCAUCAUGAACUUGGUCUUGUGUUGCUUAGAGAUCUGUAAACAGCCGGCUCGGUUCCAUCUUCAAUCAUUGUGUUGCACAGUGAUACUGAUUGUUGCUGGUACAAACACUGCUAUAAAUAUGUCUGUUCCCCAAACUUAAAGGGGAUUUCUGAUUCUAAGGGAACAAAAGUUUUUCUGGCUUUAAAGACUUAAGACAUAGUCUUUAUAAUAAUUUUCUUUAAAAAUUUCAGUAGGUUAUAAUGCAGUUCUUUAAAAAGAGCGAAUGUACAAUAUCAUAUACAAUAGUCUAUCCUCCUGACCCACUCCUCCCUUCCAGUUCUCCCUAAGGACAAUUGUUAAUCAGUUUCCUGUAUACCCUUCUAGAAAUAUUAUAUGCGGAUAUGGUAUAUGUCCAAUUAAAAAAACCUGAUACAUACUGUUACUCCUGUUCAGCAUCUUGGUUUCAAUUUUUAUUUAAAAUUUGGGAUUCUGAAAUAUACCAAAACAGCAUAGAAAAUGAGCCCUCCAUCCCCCUGCCCCAUGACCCACCACACAGGUUAACAGAUAACACUUUGCAUUGGCGCCUUGUUUAUGGCUGUCUUGGAGGUAGUCCCAUGUGACCCUAGCUGCCUCUUUGUGGUAACUGCCCAAGAGUCGUUAUUGAUUAUAUGCAUGCACCCAAUAUAAUUUGUUCGACCUGUUCUUGGAUAUUUAAGGAAUUACUGACUUUUUGCUUAUAUAAUUGUGAUGGAGGUAAUAUCCCAUUUUGUAUAAAGUUUGCCCGGGUGGGUGGGCAUCGAGGCAAAGGAGAACGAGGCUCAGCUUUGGGUUGGGUUCAAAUUCCUGCUCCGCCACACUUCUAGCUGUGGGAUCUCGAGUGAGGGAAGGCCCUCACUUUCCCCAUCUGUAAAAUGAACUGGCUAUAGUAAUCUAUGAGACGGAGGUCUCAUAGCUGCUGAGAGGAGUAGAAAACUCAAGUAUAGAGGCUUCACUGGGCUUAGUUCCCAGUUUCCCUGGGCAGGGAGGUCUCCGCGGGGACACCAAAUUCUCAAGCCCAGCCUAAGAGCUAGAGCGCCCGGCGCCAGCAGUUUUGCCAUAAACUCCAAUCCGUUCCCCGCCCCUCUUCCUCCGCCGCCACGCUGAGGGCGGAGCGGUUAAAUGUCUGUGACGUCAGCCCGAGCAGGGCCAAUCUCCCUGCCCCGCAGACGUUAGCUCGUUUGCAUGGGUGGCCCGCCAUUGGUCUGUCGAGCAACCUGGGCAGUUCCAGCUUUUUAAAGACGCCGCGUAGUAUAAACAAGGCGAUGUGGGGCGGCAGGGCCAUGAUGUCAUCGCGGUGCUGCAGCUCUUGGGAGUGACGUCAUCUCCGGAAAGGUGGCCGGCCCACAGCUGUUAAAUCCAGCCUAACCACUUGGGUCGGCUUGAGGCCGCUUUCGUCCCGUCAGAGGUCAGACCCAUUGCACUUCAGAAUCCCAGGCGGCACCCUGUCCCCGAGGAGGGGACCAUGACACACCCCGGCUUCGAGGGCCCCCUGGCCAGCCCACCUGCCUGCGAUGAGCGCUUACCUUCCCAGCAGCUGCCGUCCCAACCUCCAUACCUCCCUGUAGAGGAGCGCCGAGCCUCGGCUCCUGCCGGCGGGAGCCCCCGAAUGCUGCACCCAGCCACCCAGCAGAGCCCGUUCAUGGUUGAUCUCCAUGAGCAGGUGCAUCAGGGACCUGUCCCUCUGUCUUACACAGUCACCACAGUGACAACCCAAGGCUUCCCCUUGCCUACAGGCCAACACAUCCCUGGCUGCAGUGCCCAGCAGCUCCCAGCAUGCUCCGUGAUGUUCAGUGGGCAGCACUACCCCCUCUGCUGCCUCCCACCCCCGCUUAUCCAGGCGUGCACCAUGCAGCAGCUGCCUGUGCCCUAUCAGGCCUAUCCCCACCUCAUCUCCAGUGACCACUACAUCCUGCACCCCCCACCACCGGCCCCACCCCCCCAGCCCACCCACAUGGCGCCCCUGGGGCAGUUUGUGUCUCUGCAGACCCAGCAUCCGAGGAUGCCCCUGCAGCGGCUCGACAACGAUGUGGACCUGCGUGGGGACCAGCACUCCCUGGGUAGCUUCACCUACUCCACCUCUGCCCCUGGCCCAGCCCUAUCUCCAUCAGUGCCCCUGCACUACCUGCCCCACGAUCCACUGCACCAGGAGCUGUCCUUUGGUGUGCCAUAUUCUCACAUGAUGCCGCGGAGACUGAGCACCCAGAGAUACCGCCUGCAGCAGCCACUGCCCCCGCCACCACCCCCACCACCCUACUACCCCAGCUUCCUGCCCUACUUCCUCUCGAUGCUGCCAGUGUCACCAACAGCAGUGGGGCCCACCAUCAGCCUGGAUCUGGACGUGGAUGACGUGGAGAUGGAGAACUAUGAGGCCCUCCUGAACCUGGCUGAGCGGCUGGGAGAUGCCAAACCACGGGGCCUCACCAAAGCAGACAUAGAGCAGCUCCCAUCGUACCGCUUUAACCCGGACAGCCGUCAGUCAGAGCAGACGCUGUGUGUGGUCUGCUUCAGUGACUUCGAGGUGCGGCAGCUUCUCCGAGUCCUGCCCUGCAACCAUGAGUUCCACACCAAGUGUGUUGACAAGUGGUUGAAGGUAACACGGCCCACGCUGGCUCCUGGGUAUUCCUCAUGUAGUGACAGGGGGAUGGGCAGCUCUGGAGUGUUUCCCUCCUGGUCCUUGUCAUCAUCUUGGAAAUUCUGGCUCCAGGGAACCAAGUCCUCCCAGGUGGCUAAACAGAUGUGGUGGGUUGGGGUGGGUGAGAGCAAUGCCUGACGUCAAUGCCUGCGGUUC